AUGUUAACCAUAUCUCCUCCCUUGUAUUCAACCUUAGGAUGGCCAACAGAUGAUCACAUUAGACAAGAGCAGGAGCAGAAGAACUGGAUAGACAAUGAGACAUCCUUCGACUGCAACAAUAGAGAAACAGAGGCUUUGGACUUAUGUCCCCCUUUCCAUUCUUUGGAACAACAAAUAGAUCUUGGAGAUGACUCCAUUCCCUCAAGUGCGAUUAACAAUGAUCCAGGCUUAAUUAAGAAACUGAGCCACAAUGCUGGUGAACGUGAUCGCCGGAAGAAAUUAAACAAUCUCUAUUCUUCUCUUGGAUCACUACUUCCUGGAAUCGAUAAUACGAGGAAAUUAAGCAUUCCAGCAACAAUUUCGCGUGUUCUUAAAUACAUUCCUGAGCUGCAAAAACAAGUUGAGAGGCUAAAGCAGAGGAAGGAUGAAAUAUUGGCAAGUGUAUAUAACAGAGGUAAUAGCAAAGGUCCAAUAGACAAACAAAGAAAUGGGAUUAUCAAAAAAUCACUACCAACUGUUUCAGUAAGCCAAGUUGAUGAAGGAGAGGUUCUGAUUCAUAUAUGCUCAUGCAAGAACACAAGAAGUCCAUUCUCCGAGAUUCUACAAAAUUUAGAGGAUGAAGGCCUUCAAGUCUUGAAUGUGUUUGCUUCUGUCUCAUCAUCAUCAUCAUCAGGGGAGGUGCUCAUUUACAAUCUUCAUCUUAAGAUGAGAGAAAACCAAAGACUGGACUGUAAUUUAUUGAGACAGAAGCUGCUAUCAAUGUGUGAGAACAAGGAAGAGCUCUUCUAA